GUGCAUGACUGACAUGACAAGACCUUAUUAAGCAGAGGUAGUUAUUUCAGUCUUCUAGUUGAACUCCGCAGAGGGAUUUCCAACACAAAAGCUGUUUAGGGCGAUGAUAUAACUGUCCAUAAUUUUUCUCUCAGUGGAAACACAGGUACAGCUGAGAAUGGCACACAGGGAAUUGCAAGAAGACACAACCAAAAACCCAGUGGAGGAGAUCACAGAGGAGCAAUUCCUGAAAAAUCUCUACCUUUUUAUGAAAAAGAGAGAUACACCCAUCGAGAAGAUUCCCAAUCUGGGCUUCAAACAAAUUGAUUUGUUUGUUAUGUUCAAGACUGUCAAUGACUUGGGUGGCUACCACCAGGUGACUUCUCACCAGCUGUGGAAACAAAUUUACAACACCCUAGGAGGAAACCCUCGAAGUACAAGUGCAGCCACCUGCACCCGGAGACACUAUGAAAAGCUGCUUCUGCCAUACGAAUGCCACUUGAAGGGCAUAAUGAUAGGCAGUGUGCCUCAGCAGCAUCAGCCAAAGCCCUACCGCUACAGCAGAGAUGAUGACGGUGGCCAGAGACCAUCCAAACGAAGGUUGUUAUCUCUGCAGAUGCACCAGGGAUCUCACAACUACCAGUCAGACCCAUGUGGAAGUCUCUAUCCUCAGCAUCUACACUACCCUCACUACUAUCACCCAAACGACCAAGUUCUGCCACCUUACGCCCCCAUGCCACACUCAGGGUUGACACCACAUGACUCCACUGUCAUCAAGCCCCAAUUUCCUUUCCAGCAAUCACGUCCAGACUCAACAGAUACAGUUAAAGAGCCACUUCAGCAGCUGCGUGACCUGUCAGAGCAUUACAAAUUCAAAACUGGACUGGUUGAGCCUCUAAAUCUGAGUGUGAAAGCAUCAAGCCGGGAGUCAAACAGUAACCCAGUCUCAUCAUUCUCCCCACCUUCAUCUAGCAAGAAUCCAAAGUUUUUGAACAAACCCUCCUCUCUCUACACUCCUCAUCAUGCAGGGGUACUGAGAAAUGAAGGAUGUGAGGCACAAGAUGGUGAGUCCAGUGGAGAAGCCACAGCCUCUUCAUGUCCCGUGAAAGCACAGGAGGGACAUGGCCUCAAUACCAAAGCCCUGAAACCUUCAGAUAGCCCUGUAUAUGGUCCUGCUCUGACACUGGAGGUGGAUAAAAAUGUCUCUGAAAUGACACAAAAACCCAGUUCCCCAAAAGAGGACUUUGCAACCAGGCCAGCAGGAGACAGAAAGGCAAUUUCAGAAUUAGGAGGGCUUGGGCUCAGUCAUAUACUACAAAGUCUCCCUCGACAAAAGGAUGGCAAGAUGGAGAUUGAGGUACCACUGUCUGUGCUCCAUAACUGGCUCAAGCUGUACCAGUUCCCUGCCGCAAUGCACGAAGUUAAGGAGCUUCCUGAUCACGAGGAGCCCUCAGUACAAACGAGGAGGUCUGAUUUAGAUAAUCUCCCCUACAACCUGACAUUUCAACUGAAUCCCCAACAACAGAGCACCAGCAACAAGUCUCCCCUUUCAGGUGGAAUUCUGAAAAAUGCAUCCAGCCAGAACCUCUGGUCGUUUGAGCAGCAGGACACAGAUAAGUCGUACUUAACAGCCAAAGAUUUGCAGGAUGCCAAUAAAAAUGAGAGCCUGGCUUUCCCCGAUCUGGAGAAUUGUGACUCUGGUCCACUCAAACCUCAGCAAGACUUUGCUUCAAAAUUUUAUGGAGAAAACACAGUCCAUGGAGAGACACAGAAAACUAGGAUAGUGCCCUCAUCUUUGCUAAAGCUGAAUUCCAACUCUGCUACUGUGUUGCACUUCACCAAUGAGGAGAUCAUUAAGCUGAAGAAAAUAAUCUCAAGCUCAUCAUUAGAAUCAGAUGACACAAAGACACCAACAUCACAUUAAAGCUGCCACAGUUUUUAAUCUUUUAUAUUCCAUAUCUUAUCAAUGUUUUGUAUCUUGUAAAGUGAAACAUUAAAGUACUAUUAAAAAAAAUGAAUCAGACCAGGGCAAUCGAUAAUGAUUGAACCCUGAGUUUUGAUGCUGGACAUGAACAAAUAAUCAAGUUUUAUUUUUCUUUACCUACAGAGAACAAAUACUCUUGCAUUUCUUGUUUGAAAUGAAGGAAAACUUGACCCUGUAUUCUAUUUAAUCUUGUAAAGAUGAAGAUUUUUUUUUACUUUUUUAUGUUGAAGUUUUAGUGGUUAAAAAAAAAAAAAUAUAUAUAUAUAUAUAUACAUACACAUUUUAUUAUUAGCUUUUUUCUGUACAGAUAAAUCACUUGUAAAAUAAAUUUAUUGUUACUCUGACCUCAUUCUGUAA